AUGGCCGCCUCAAGACUGUCUUCCUUAGUGGCGGUGGCCGCCGCAGCCGCUUCAUUGCCCACUCUCUCCAACACCGCCUACGCCGACUCUCCGUUCCGCUUCUUUCCUUUUUCUUCUUCACCUCCAUCGGCGGAGACCGACUCUCCCAAUCCGGAUUCCAAGUCCGACGAGCCCAAAGGCGGUUUUGAUCCGGAAUCGCUGGAGAGAGGCGCCAAAGCUCUCCGGGAAAUUAACAGCUCUCCCCAUGCCAAACAGGUAUUUGAGAUUAUGAGGAAGCAGGAACAGUCUAGGCUUGCUGAAUUGGCAGCGGAAAAAGCUCACUACGAAGCCAUUCAAUCUCAAGCUGAUAUAGACAAGCAGCGGAAAAUGGCUGAGGAACAAAGGAAUUUAGUACAACAACAAUCACAGGCAAAGGCACAAAUGAUGCGAUAUGAGGAUGAAUUAGCUAGAAAAAGAAUGCAGACAGACCACGAAGCUCAGAGACGACACAAUGCUGAAUUGGUUAGGAUGCAAGAGGAAUCCUCGACAAGAAAAGAACAAGCGAGAAGGGCAACUGAAGAACAGAUCCAAGCUCAGCAACGUCAGACUGAGAAAGAGAGAGCUGAAAUUGAACGUGAAACCAUAAGAGUGAAGGCCAUGGCCGAGGCUGAAGGUCGGGCUCACGAAGCAAAACUAACAGAGGACCAUAACAGAAGAAUGCUUAUAGAACGGAUAAAUGGCGAAAGAGAGAAGUGGCUUGCUGCCAUCAAUACAACUUUUAGUCACAUUGAAGGGGGUUUCAGGGUUCUAUUGACUGACAGGAGCAAGUUGAUUAUGACUGUUGGAGGAGUUACAGCAUUGGCUGCAGGAGUUUAUACUACUAGAGAAGGCGCCAGAGUUACUUGGGGAUAUAUCAACCGGAUUCUGGGGCAACCAUCCCUGAUUCGAGAAUCAUCUAUUGCAAAAUUUCCAUGGUCAGGAAUAGUUUCUCGAGGAGCAAAGAAGAUGCUUAAUUACAGUACAGCAGCAGGCACCGUGACUGCAGAGAGUAAAAAGAAAUUUGGAAAUGUUGUCCUCCAUCCAUCAUUGCAGAGAAGGAUAGAGCAACUUGCUCGAGCUACAUCAAACACGAAGUCUCAUGAGGCACCCUUUCGUAACAUGCUCUUUUAUGGCCCUCCUGGCACUGGUAAAACCAUGGUUGCAAGGGAGAUAGCUCAAAAAUCGGGUUUGGAUUAUGCCAUGAUGACAGGAGGUGAUGUUGCACCACUGGGUCCACAGGCUGUUACCAAAAUUCAUGAAAUAUUUGAUUGGGCCAAAAAGUCAAAGAAAGGUUUACUUCUUUUUAUUGACGAGGCCGAUGCUUUUCUCUGCGAGCGUAACAGCACACACAUGAGUGAAGCUCAGCGAAGUGCCCUAAAUGCAUUGCUUUUUCGAACUGGAGACCAGUCAAGAGAUGUAGUUCUUGUGCUUGCCACAAACAGACCAGGUGAUCUCGACAGUGCCAUCACUGACCGCAUUGAUGAGGUGAUAGAGUUCCCGCUUCCACGUGAGGCAGAGGAGCGUUUCAAACUGUUGAAGCUCUAUUUAAACAAGUAUUUAUCCGGUGAAGAUAACAACAGUGAGUCCAAAUGGGGUUCUUUGUUUAAGAAGAGCACACAAAAGAUAACAAUAGAAGAUUUGUCCGAUGAUGUGAUCCGAGAGGCUGCCAAGAAGACAGAAGGCUUCUCAGGUCGAGAGAUAGCAAAACUAAUGGCCAGUGUUCAAGCAGCCGUGUAUGGACGCCCGGACUGUGUAUUGGAUUCCGAGCUAUUCAAGGAAAUAGUUGACUACAAGGUUGCAGAGCAUCAACAGCGGAUAAAAUUGGCAUCUGAAGGCGGCCAAUCGGCAUAGCUGGGGAGUGAGUUUGUCAGGUUUUUUACUUGCAGGAUAGAGGUCUUUCUGUUGGGUCCCCAAUUUUGUUUUCUGUCACUACAUUUUGUGUAUUGAAGUUUCAUCAUGAAAAAACUUGAUUCUAUUUAUAUUUGUGAUUCCUUUGAAGAGGAACUGAAUCACAUGCCUUCGUCAAAACAUAGUUUUGAUUAAUAGAUAAUACUCUUUAUUGGGAUAUACCAAGUUUAUGAAUCCUAAAGUUGCCGACCAAAGGCAUACUUCACCAAA